UACCGCCUUUCUGCCGCUCCUGCGACUCGCUGGCUUGCCUGUUGGGGAGGCCGCUGGCUCCCCGCUUGCAACCAUCCGCCGACGGCUUCGCGCUGCCCGGGGACCGGGAACCUGCGAGACUCUCGUCUGCGGUGCUAAGGGUGUGCCUCAGCAGCCCAAGGCGCGGAAGAGGGGCGCCCCGGCCUUGGGGCCACUGCCCUCGCUUUAUUUUCGUUGUCGCGAACGCCGUCCGCCCGGGAGGCGCCCCGUGACCGGCGCGAUGAGUGCCAACGAGGACCAGGAGAUGGAACUGGAGGCAUUGCGUUCUAUUUAUGAAGGAGAUGAAAGUUUCCGGGAAUUAAGUCCGGUUUCAUUUCAAUAUAGGAUAGGUGAAAACGGUGAUCCCAAAGCCUUCCUAAUAGAGAUUUCCUGGACAGAAACCUAUCCCCAGACACCUCCAAUCAUAUCUAUGAACGCCUUUUUUAACAACACCAUAUCGUCAGCUGUAAAGCAGAGCAUUUUAGCCAAGUUACAGGAAGCGGUGGAAGUCCAUCUCGGGACGGCCAUGACCUACACGUUGUUUGAAUACGCCAAGGACAACAAAGAGCAGUUCAUGCAGGGUCACCGUCCUCUUCAUUCUGCUGCGUCCAUAAGCAAUAUCAUCUCAGUUGAAACUCCUAACACAGCCCCAUCAAGUAAGAAAAAAGACAAAAAAGAACAACUUUCAAAAGCCCAGAAACGUAAGCUGGCAGAUAAAACAGAUCACAAAGGAGAACUUCCUCGAGGUUGGAACUGGGUUGAUGUGGUGAAGCAUUUAAGCAAAACGGGCUCUAAAGAUGAUGAAUAGCACUUGGAAUUGGAGACGAGGGAGGAACAGCGUCCUUUAAACAGGAAACUGGGUUCAAAAGCUUUCAUUACUCUUUUCUGGUAUUGAGGUGGCAUUUUAUAAAACAAUUUUUUUGUGUGUUUCUUACGUAAAAAAAUGUUUUAAGCUGAGAGUUCAUGAAGAGAUCUGGUUGUAUUAAAUUACUUCCACAAACUUGCCUUAAUAAAAGGUGAAAAUGUUACUGUUUAGUAUACUUUGUGAAGCCAGUUGGCCUUUGUAAAUGGACAAAUAUGCGGAAUUAUAAAUCGUCAGUGUUAAUCUAUGUGAUCUUAUUCUGGUGGAUGUGAUUUUUUUUUAAGGAGUAUGAAGCGCUUUCCAAAUUCUCAUCCCAGUGGAGCAGGAGACUGAGUGAACAGUGAGUUCACAGCAUGAUCCGUAGUAAUAGGGUUCUCGUCGUCUUUACGCCUUCGUCCCUUCUUUCUCUUAAUUACUGAAGUGUAAAUGGCUUCAGAGAAACUUAAAUACUAGUAUUUGAACUUUAUACAUAAUAUUCUUUGUAGUUCCUUUUUAUUUUUCAAGGGUGAACUGCUUUUUAAUAAAUGAAUAUCUGUUUAUACUUUCCUUCUGGUCUGGGUUAUGAUGUUUGAUCAUGAGAGCUUUCAAUGGUAUGUGGAAUAGGAGAAAGAAAGAA